GGAGUCGGGGAAGAUAAGAGGUAGGGUGCCCGGAUGAGCAGAGCGCGGCGGUCUGGACUUGCACGUGGGUUUGAAGACCCUUCUGGCCGCGAAGAGUACCGACCCGGGAGCCUUAUCCAUUCUUUCGGGAAAGCACGUGUUUAUCGAGGGCGUGUUAUGUGCUGACACUGCUGGACGCGGGGGAUGCAAAGCUCCACCGGGGCCAUGUCGGAGCGGGAAGAGCGGCGGUUUGUGGAGAUCCCUCGGGAGUCGGUGCGCCUCAUGGCAGAGAGCACGGGCCUGGAGCUGAGCGACGAGGUGGCGGCCCUGCUCGCAGAGGACGUGUGCUACCGGCUCAGAGAGGCCACCCAGAACAGCUCUCAGUUCAUGAAACACACCAAACGGCGGAAGCUGACCGUGGAGGACUUCAACCGGGCCCUCCGGUGGAGCAGCGUGGAGGCCGUGUGCGGGUACGGAGCCCAGGAGGCGCUGCCCCUGCGCCCCGUCAGGGAGGGCGAGCUCUUCUUCCCCGAGGACCGGGAGGUGAACCUGGUGGAGCUGGCCCUGGCCACCAACAUCCCCAAAGGCUGUGCCGAGACGGCUGUGAGAGUUCAUGUCUCCUACCUGGACGGCAAAGGGAACCUGGCGCCUCAAGGAUCGGUGCCCAGCGCUGUGUCUUCACUGACCGACGACCUGCUCAAGUACUACCAGCAAGUGACUCGCGCUGUCCUGGGGGACGACCCACAGCUGAUGAAGAUUGCUCUCCAGGACCUGCAGACCAACUCCAAGAUCGCAGCGCUCCUGCCUUACUUUGUUUAUGUGGUCAGUGGGGUGAAGUCUGUGAGCCACGAUUUGGAGCAGCUGCACCGGCUCUUGCAAGUGGCCCGGAGCCUGGUUCGGAACCCACACCUCUGCCUGGGGCCCUAUGUCCGCUCUCUGGUGGGCAGUGUCCUCUACUGCGUCCUGGAGCCCCUGGCUGCCUCCAUCAACCCCCUGAAUGACCACUGGACUCUGCGGGAUGGGGCCGCCCUCCUCCUCAGCCACAUCUUCUGGACUCAUGGGGACCUUGUCAGUGGCCUCUAUCAGCAGAUCCUGCUGUCCCUGCAGAAGGUCUUGGCAGACCCUGUGCGGCCUCUCUGCUCUCACUACGGGGCUGUGGUGGGGCUGCAUGCCCUUGGCUGGAAGGCAGUGGAGCGCGUCCUGUACCCACACCUAUCCACCUACUGGACGAACCUGCAGGCCGUGCUGGAUGACUACUCCGUAUCCAAUGCCCAGGUGAAAGCGGACGGGCACAAGGUCUACGGUGCCAUUCUGGUGGCCGUGGAGCGGCUGCUGAAGAUGAAGGCGCAGGCGGCCGAGCCCCACCGCAGUGGGCCUGGCGGCAGGGGGUGCCGGCGCCCCGACGACCUGCCCUGGGACAGCCUCCUCCUGCAGGAGUCUCCUUCCGGGGGCGGCGCCGAGCCCGGCUUUGGGUCGGGCCUCCCGCUGCCGCCGGGCGGCGCGGGGCCGUCGGAACCUGGCCCUCCGGUGAGCCUGGCAGACAUCUACCGGGAGCUCUACGCUUUCUUCGGCGACAGCUUGGCCACCCGCUUCGGCACGGGCCAGCCCUCGCCCACGACCCCGCGGCCGCCCGGGGACAAGAAGGAGCCGGCGGCGGCCCCGGACUCGGUGCGGAAGAUGCCGCAGCUGACGGCCAGCGCCGUGGUCAGCCCUCCGGGGGACGAGAGCCCCCGGGGCAGCGGGCCCCCCGCGGCCCCCGCGCCCGCCGCCUCCGACAACAGGCCGCUGCCGCGCGUGCACCGGGCGCGGGGGGCGCCCCGGCAGCAGGGCCCCGGCCCCCGCGACGUCUUCCAGAAAAGCCGUUUCGCUCCGCGCGGCGCCCCCCACUUCCGUUUCAUCAUCGCGGGGCGGCAGGCGGGGCGGCGCUGCCGCGGGCGCCGCUUCCAGACCGCCUUCCCCGCGCCCUGCGGGCCCGGCCCCGCCUCCCGCUACGUGCAGAAGCUGCCCAUGAUCGGCCGCACCGGCCGCCCGGCCCGCCGCUGGGCGCUCGCCGACUACUCGCUGUACCUGCCGCUCUAG